AACCAUACUAGUGAUCCACAAUGUUGCCCUUUCUGAGGGGUAAGAAUGGUGAAGUCUUUGCUGAAAGGUACAGGUUGACUUUAAAGUCUUUUCCUUUGCCUAGAAAAACAAUUUGGUCUUUGUUUUUUUAUUCAUUCAUUUCCAUCUACCCAAAUCGAGCUUGAUCUAUCAAUCAAUGGUUUGUGCUAUACCUCAUCAUCCACUCUUCCUCUUCUUGUUACUCUUCCUCCUGCCAUUUUCUAUUGUUGCUCGGACUAAUGGUACCGUGGAUGUGGGCACAUCUAUCACUGCAAAUAACAAGGACACCCCAUGGCUGUCACCAGAGGGUGUUUUUGCAUUUGGGUUUAAGCCACUUGAGGAAAAGAAUCUCUUCUUGCUUUCCAUUUGGUAUCACCAAAUACCAGACCAAACCAUUGUCUGGUAUGGGUACGAUGGUGUCCCUGUCUCAAUUGGUUCCAAACUAGACCUAACUGUUGACAGAGGGCUAGUGCUCAGUGACCCUCAAGGCAAUGAAUUGUGGAAGUCUCUGACUAUUCUCGACAAUGUUGCUUAUGGUUUUAUGAAUGAUACGGGCAACUUUGUACUUGUGCGCAGCGAUUCUGUCAAUCUAUGGGAGAGUUUCAAAAAUCCAACUGAUACCAUGUUGCCUACACAGAUUAUGGAGUCCGGUGGGGUAAUAUUUUCUCGCCUUUCGGAGACCAAUUUCUCGCAGGGAAGGUUUCAAUUCCGUUUGCUGCAGGAUGGGAAUCUUGUCCUUAAUACCAGAGACAUCACUACCAAUUUUGCUUAUGAUGCUUACUAUAUCAGCGGCACGUAUGAUCCCUCCAAUUUGUCCAAUUCUGGUUACCGAGUGAUCUUCGACGACACAGGGUUCAUGUACAUAUUGACAAGGAAUAACCGAAGAAUCGAUUUGACACCACGAAGUAUGUUGUUCCCAGCUACUGAAAAUUUUCACAGAGCAACUCUGAAUUUUGAUGGAGUUUUCACCCAAUAUUAUUAUCCGAAGACUUUCGAUAACGGUACAAAGUGGACUCCUAUUUGGUCACAGCCAGAUAAUAUAUGUGUUGAUAUUCGUGGAACUGAAGGCAGUGGGGCUUGUGGGUUUAACAGCAUUUGCAAACUCAAUGAUUAUAAAAGGCCAGAUUGCAAAUGCCCGCGAGGGUAUUCCUUACUUGAUCCGAACAAUACGUAUGGAAGCUGCAAGCCAAAUUUCGCACAAGGCUGUUUAGAAAAUGACAUCAAUUCUGCGGAAGCUAUCUACGAUUUUGAGACACUAAUCGAUACUGAUUGGCCAACAUCUGACUAUGAACAGUUGGUGCCUGCGACUGAAACGCAGUGCAAAAGGUCUUGCAUCAAUGACUGUUUUUGUGCUGUUGCCAUUUUGAGAGGAGAUAGUUGCUGGAAGAAGAAGCUGCCACUUUCAAAUGGGAGAGAGGACAGUGUUGUUAAUGGUAAGGCUUUCAUGAAGUUUAGGAAAAGCAAUCUUCUUCUAUUACAGCCUCCUCCUCGAACUCUUCCUUCUCCUCCGGUUCCAGAAACAAAGAAGAACCAGGGGACCUUAAUUCUCGUUGGAUCGGUUCUAUUGGGUAGCUCUGUGUUCAUCAAUUUUGUAUUGAUUGGUGCUGUUUGCUUGGGCUUUUUCCUCAUCUACCACAAGAAAAGCAUAGAAAGUCAUCAUGGCAAUCACAGUGCUGUGGAGACUAAUCUUCGUUGUUUUACUUACAAAGAGCUUGUAGAAGCUACAAAUGGUUUCAAGGAAGAACUGGGAAGUGGAGCUUUUGGUAUUGUUUACAAAGGGGCGAUACAAAUGGGUUCCAGAGUUGUUGCAGUGAAGAAACUAGAUAGGGUGGUUCAAGAGAAAGAGAAGGAAUUCAAAACUGAAGUAAAUGUAAUUGGGCAGACACAUCACAAGAAUCUGGUCCGACUGCUCGGAUUUUGUGACGAAGGACAACAUCGGAUGUUAGUGUACGAGUUCAUGAGCAAUGGGACUUUAGCAAGCUUUCUCUUUGGGAAAACGAAGCCAAGUUGGAACCAAAGGACCCAAAUUGCAUUGGGGAUUGCCAGAGGACUUGUGUACCUACAUGAAGAAUGUAGUACCCAGAUCAUCCAUUGUGAUAUAAAGCCUCAGAACAUACUUCUGGAUGAUUGUUACAAUGCUCGGAUUUCUGACUUUGGGUUGGCUAAACUUCUGAUGUUGAAUCAGAGUAAGAUCAAUACUGCUACUAUUAGAGGGACAAAAGGGUAUGUUGCUGCAGAGUGGUUCAAUAGCAAUCCAAUCACUGCAAAGGUUGAUGUCUAUAGCUAUGGUGUGUUGCUACUGGAGAUCAUUUCUUGUCGAAAAAGCGUCAGCGAUUUGGAGGUUGGUGAAGAAGAGAAAGUAAUUCUGACUGAUUGGGCUUGUGACUGCUUUCAGGAAGGAAAAUUGGAUACUUUGGUUGAAAACGAUAUGGAAGCGUUAAAUGACUGGAAGAGGCUGGAGAGAUUUCUGAUGGUUGCCAUUUGGUGUAUUCAAGAAGAUCCAUCUCUGAGGCCUACAAUGAGGAAGGUCACCCAGAUGCUUGAAGGAGUUGUUGAAGUUGAUGUGCCUCCAUGUCCAUCUCAAUUUUCUUUUACUAGUUAGGCUUGCUUUUGUUGCUCUGCUAUAGUGGUUCUGUUGUGUACGUUGUUCACUAAAAAAUAAUGUAUGGUCAUUCAAUUUGCGUGUUGUCUAUAGUAAGAGAGCUCUUUAAUUGAACAGAUAUAGUGUAUGGUUAACGUAGCAAAGUUUUUGAGUACAGGCAGGUUCAUCGUGUAUUGGCACGUUCUGUCUUGUGUUGUUCCUGGUA